UCAUGUAAAUGUGGUGAUAGAAACAGUUGAAUAUUUGUUUAUAAAGAGGUAAUGCAAUGUUGAAGAUCAAAUGCAAAGUUCAAGCUUUGAGCUCUGUUUUCACCCUCAAAUCUUGGACUUCAAUCCCAAAACCCAGUUUCAAUUUCAAGUUUCAAAGAUUAUUUUACAUGGAUGCCAAUUCCAAUUCCAAUUCCAAUUUCAAUUCUUCUCCUUCGAGGACUAUUUCAGUUUUCUCCACCAUUCCUCUGCCUCCGAGUUCCGACGCCGUCAAUGGCUCCGGCAGUUCCACUUCGUCUCGGAAACCCAUCAAUCUCUGGCCGGGGAUGCACCAUUCACCGGUCACUGCUGCUCUUUGGGAUGCUAGGUCGAGUAUCUUUGAGAGGUUGCUUGAUCCUCCUAAAGAUGCGCCACCGCAGAGCGAAUUGCUUACCAAAACUCCUUCUCAGAGUCGGAUUAUUGUGAUUUAUAAUUUCUCUUCUGAUUUUAUUCUGAGAGAGCAGUAUCGUGAUCCGUGGAAUGAGGUCAGAAUCGGAAAGUUGCUUGAAGAUCUUGAUGCCUUGGCUGGUACCAUCUCCGUUAGACACUGUUCUGAUGAUGAUAGCACAACAAGACCACUUUUGCUAGUGACUGCUUCUGUUGACAGGAUUGUUCUGAAGAAGCCAAUUAGUGUUGUUGCUGAUUUGAAAAUAGUUGGUUCAGUCAUAUGGGUUGGGCGAUCCUCAAUUGAGGUUCAGUUAGACAUGAUCCAAGGCACAGAAGAUUGCUCAAACAAGUCAGACUCAGUUGCUCUGACAGCAAACUUCAUCUUUGUGGCACGCGACUCUCAGACUGGGAAAGCUGCUUUGGUUAACAGACUUUUGCCUGAGACUGAGGAAGAAAAAUUACUUUUUGAGGGAGCAGAAGCCAGGAGUAACUUGAGGAAAAGGAAGAAUAGAGGUGAUAUGUGGGGGUUGGAAAAUGGGUACUUAAAAAGAAUUGAUGCUUUACUAGCAGAGGGAAGAAUCUUCUGUGACAUGCCAGCCCUGGCAGACAGAGACAGCAUUCUUCUCAGGGAUACUCGCCUUGAAAACUCUUUGAUUUGUCAACCACAACAAAGAAACAUACAUGGUAGGAUCUUUGGAGGGUUUCUUAUGCAACGAGCAUUUGAGUUGGCUUUCUCAACAGCAUAUGUAUUUGCCGGAAUGGUGCCUUACUUUUUUGAAGUUGAUCACGUUGAUUUCUUAAAACCUGUGGAUGUCGGUGACUUUCUACGUUUCACAUCAUGUGUUCUUUACACAGAAGUUGACAAUCCAGAUCAUCCAUUAAUCAACAUUGAAGUUGUUGCCCAUGUCACUAGGCCCGAGAUCAGGUCUAGCGAGGUCUCGAACACAUUCUAUUUCACUUUCACUGUGCGUCCAGAGGCAAAAGCUAAUGGGAAAGGAUUCAGACUUCGUAAUGUUGUUCCCGCAACGGAAGAAGAAGCUCGUCGUAUCAUUGAACGCAUGGAUGCCGAAAGAGAUGCCAAGGGACUUGAGCAAGCAAUCUGAAUCAGGAAUAAACCAACCAAGACGGCAACUCUAAUUCACAACCCCUUUGACCAAACACACUAACAAUUUGUUGAGGCUCAACUGAGCCGCCGAGGUAUGUUCCACUCCAUUUAUAAUAUUCGGGUUAAAUAAACAUCUUUCGCUCAAAAUAUAUUUCACUCUGAAUAAGGUUGAACUAAAAUAAUAAGAAGAAGAAAAAGAAAAAUAAAUAUCAAUUUGUACUCUAAGGUUAAAUUAAUUUAGAUCUUUAACUUCGGUAAAACAGAACAACCACUAAAACUUAUAAUUAUAUCAAUUAAGCUCUUAAAUUUUUAUAAAUAAAUCAAUUUAGACUUGUAGUAAAAUUUGUCUUUUAGAAUCAACAAUGUAUUUACCUUGGUUAUCUAUUCUAUAAUACUGAUAUUUAAAUUAGUCUACAUAUAUUUGAGAAUUAAUGCAUUAGUAAAUUACUCAUCUAGUAUAAGUUCGUAGAUUUCAAUUCACGAAGGAUGAGACUCAAAGAGGUACUAUCUUUAAAUAGCAUGUCAAGGAUCCUACGUUGAAAAAUUGGAUAGAUUUUCACCAUUAUCGUUGAAUACAUAAGUUA